CUCGACAAAUACGAUACAAACGAAUGUAACAAAAUCUAUGACAAAUUUGUCGGCAAAUUUACUAAACAAAUGAUGUGUUACGCGACUCCCGGUAAAGACGCCUGUCAGGGCGAUUCUGGUGGACCUCUCUCUUCAAAGAUUGAUGGAAAAGAGUAUCAAUUUGGUUUAGUAUCGUUUGGUCAGGGAUGUAGUCUAGAAGACCACCCUGGUAUAUACACUAAUGUCGCUCUCUAUGCUGAUUGGAUCCACAAAACCAUCACAAAGAAUUAG